AUGGCUCGCCGACUGAACGAUGACCGGGAGUCACGGCACUCUAUCCUCGAGGUCCAGAACGCCCAGGCCGAGCGCAGCCCAUUCCCAAGAGACCGUCCCCAGAGCUUUGCAGUACAGCUCUACCCGCCCGAAGACAAACGCAUGUCCGUUCCGGCGAAUUUGCGUCUGCAAACAGGUGAUACUCCCUGGGGUUUCGGUCUCACACCCGGAACCGUACUGAUAGUAGAUACGCCUUUACCAGACCAACCGCCUUAUAACGAGCAACCGGCAGCCAGGCUGCCUUACUAUAAUCCCUCGAGAGCAUUCUCCUUCGAGUGCCUAGCCACCAGGGAAGAUCUUAAUAGAAACUCUCCGUCACCAUCGACCGCGUCUCCAACACCGUUCCCAUGUCCCACGACCAACCUCAGUGACCGCCGCUCCACGCCUAUCUCUCGAGCCUCCACCCCACGCCCCAUCCCCGAAUUGCCCGGGCUCAAGCCGUUCUUCCCACCAGAAGGCUGGACGCCUCACCCCGAGCCCCUCCCCGAGCCCCUUGGCAUCCUGCCAGACACAUUUGUCUUCAACGCGGCGCAGCCGCGCAUCCUCAAAGCCACGGCUCCGAGUCGCCGCCAGCGGUUGAAGUUGCUGCUGCAGAACGCCGCCGACCACAAGAUCCAGGCGCUGCUCUCCGCCCUGCGCGAAGCCGGAUCUCUGCUUCCCCCCGCUCUCACAACCGCCCACCUGACGAUCCUCCUGCGCUGGCCGGUUGUCAAGGCCGCCUUCGCCGCUUUCCGCCGCGACCUCGCCUCCAUCGAAGAAGUCUGCCGAGCCCGGGCCGGAAAGGAGCCUGAGCCGGAGCCGGAGCCUGCCAACAGCCUCCCGUACCACCACCAUGACAAGCGGGCGCAAAAGGGCGACUGGAUGCCCUACCCCCUCGUCGUGGAGAGUCGCUUGCUCCCUGGGCUGCACCAGGACUGGGAAACUCUCGACAUGGCAGACCACUGCCCUGUCGACCUGGCCGUGCUGGCGGGGUGGAAUGCCCAGAUCCCCUGGCUCGCUCACUCCGAGUCUGACGGCGAGGAGUGCAGCGUGGACAGCUACUACGCGAGGUUUAUCCUCCAGGUUCUGGCUCAUGCCCACCACUGCGAUGGCACAGACGGGGCGGUACUGCCAUUCGACAGCGGCAACAAGGAGGAAGUGGACAAGCCCCACGCUUGGUGGUGGCAAGAGGUGCAAUGGUUCCGGGACCCUGAUGUGGUUGGUGGCAUCAAGGGCCAGAUCUGGGUGCUGUAUAUGGCGCUCUUUUUCCUGCACUGCGAGAUGCGACAGGCCAAUACCAAGCGCAAGAGGUGGAGCUCCCUGCUCGCCCGGUUAAGGGGGGAGUCUGCCUCUGCCUGA